GGAAGACUUUGGAGAACGGAGCGGAAACGGAAGAGGUCCCCCCGUGUUAUUGUUCCCCUGUUCUCCUCGGAAGCUGCAGCUGGAUUUGUCUUUAGUUUUAUUUGUAUUUUUGUCCUCGUGUGUUUUAGUUUAAAGCUUUUUCAGCCUGAAACUUUAUAAAGAAGUUACCCGCUGCUUGUUUCCGACACGUGGGGAGAAAUGGAGUCUGCAGUUGAUUUAAUUCAGAGGAAACAGUUCAUGAAUCAGUGAGUAAACCGGAAUCCGGUUUAGUGACUUGAGAUUAAAAUGGAUCGCGACCGGAGGAGAGACCGCCGGAGCUGGGACUGGGACAGCCCGCAGUGCCGAGCCCAGCUGGACGAGGUGUUCUUCCGCAGGCAUGACUACAUCCAGGCCGGGAGCCAGGAGCACCGGGACUUCUGGAGCUUCUUCGACCGCUUCCAGAGGUUCAAGACGAAGCGGGAGAUGGCCGGGGGGCGAAGGGAGGACGAUGGGGGCCAGGGGAAGACUGUGAAGGUAGAUCUGGGGCUUCCUAAGGAAUACGAUGCCCGGUACCGGAUCAAUGUGUCGGUUUGCACCAGGGACGUCGAGGAGCGCCUGGGGAAGUCGGAGCACCGGAGCCGGCAGAGCUCGUCGGGCCCGGGGGAGCAGGAGAUCUCGGACCUCCGCCUGGCCCUGCUCCACUUCCUGGACUUCACCCAGAGGCAGAGCUUCGGUAAACUGGCCAAGCUGCGGCGGGAGCAGAAGAACCUGCCCAUCUUCCAGUACCGGGACCGGAUCGUGGAGCUGGUGCGGAGACACCCGGUGGUCGUGGUGGCAGGAGACACCGGCUGCGGGAAGUCCACCCAAGUGCCCCAGUACCUCCUCUCGGCGGGAUUCACCCACAUCGCCUGCACGCAGCCCCGGAGGAUCGCCUGCAUCUCCCUGGCAAAGAGGGUCAGCUUCGAGAGCCUCAACCAGUACGGCUCCAAGGUGGGGUACCAAAUCCGCUUUGAGACCACCCGUACCCCGGCCACCAAACUGCUGUUCCUGACCGAGGGGCUGCUGCUCCGGCAGAUCCAGCAGGACCUGACGCUCUCUCAGCACCAGGUGGUGAUUGUGGACGAGGUCCACGAGAGACACCUCCACUGUGACUUCCUGCUCGGGGUCCUGCGCACUCUGGUGGCCGAGCGGCCGGACCUGCGUCUCAUCCUCAUGUCGGCCACCAUCAACAUCAAACUCUUCUCGGACUAUUUCAGUAGCGCUCCUGUGCUGCAGGUGCCGGGCCGGCUGUUUCCUAUACAGGUGAUAUACCAGCCCAUUCCGUCCGAGGAGCAGCCGUCCCGCUCUGAGAAACUGGAUCCCCGACCGUACCUGCGCAUCCUGCAGGGCAUCGAUCAGCGUUACCCGCCAGAGGAGCGCGGCGACCUGCUCCUCUUCCUCAGCGGUGUGGCGGAGAUCUCCACCAUCCAGGAGGCCUGUCAGGUUUACGCCACGCACACGAGUCGCUGGAUCGUCUUACCGCUGCACAGCACGCUCUCCCUGGCCCAGCAGGAUAAGGUGUUUGACAUUUCUCCUCCUGGGGUGAGAAAGUGCAUCAUCUCGACCAAUAUUGCUGAGACAUCAGUAACAAUCGAUGGGGUUCGCUUUGUUGUGGACUCAGGAAAGGUAAAAGAAAUGAGUUUUGAUCCGAAGGCCAAGAUGCAGCGUCUGCAGGAGUUCUGGAUCAGCCGAGCCAGUUCUGAGCAGAGGAAAGGUCGAGCCGGUCGCACGGGUCCAGGAGUGUGUUACCGCCUGUACGCCGAGUCCGACUACGACGCCUUUGCACCUUAUCCUGUGCCUGAAAUCCACAGGGUGGCUCUGGACUCCCUCAUUCUCCAGAUGAAGAGCAUGUCUCUUGGAGAUCCACUUUCUUUUGUCUUCAUUGAUCCACCUCCAGCUGCGAGCAUCCAGACUGCAGUUACUUAUUUGAAAGAGCAGGGGGCGCUAGACGCUCCUGGGGAAUUGACCUCUAUUGGGAAGUUGCUGGCACAGCUUCCUGUGGAUGUGGUGAUAGGGAAGAUGCUGGUCCUGGGCUCGUUGUUUAACCUCGUGGAGCCCGUGUUGACGGUAGCAGCCGCCCUCAGCGUUCAGUCACCGUUCCUGCGCAGCUCACAGCACAAUCCAGACUGCGCCACUGCCCGCCAGCCCCUGCACAGCAACCAGGGAGACCCCUUCACUCUGCUCGGUACCUUCAAUGCGUGGGUGGAGGUGAAGAAAGAGAGAGGAGGUGGCUCGAGGAAGUGGUGCAGGAGGAGAGGCCUGGAGGAGCAGCGGCUGUAUGAGAUGGUCAACCUGCGCAGGCAGUUCAAGGAAUUGCUGAGGAGCCACGGCCUCCUGGAAUCGCAGAACAGAGAUGCCUCGGCUGGGGACCGUGGACAGCGCAGGGAGAGGCUGACCGAGAGGAGGAAGCUGCACCAGAUGAAGAGAGAUCACGAGAAGCAGGAGAACGGCAAACGUAAAGUCUUGAGGCUGGAGGAGGGCCAGGACGGAGAGAUGUCCUCAGGAUCGGACACAGAGGAAAAAGGCAGAGGCAAGAAGGACAAGGAGGGAUCAGGACAGAACGUGGACAUUCAGGAAGUGAAGUUCAAGUUGCGUCACAACAUAUCCGAGCUGCAGGACGCCGUCACUGUCAGUCAGGACAUGUCCUCCCGCCAGCAGGCUUUACUCAAGCUGCUGCUCUGCCGAGGCCUCUACCCUCAGCUGGCGCUGCCCGAUGAACACAACUCCACCCGCAAGGACUCCGAGCAGGUGUUUCACACGAAGAACAAGCAGGGAGUGGUGAUCCACCCGACCAGCGUGUUUGCCAUUGACCCAGAGGUCUUACAUGUUCCCGAGGACGACAGCAGAGAAGGUCCGGAGCGUAAUGACAGCAGCAGACACCAGCUGCUGUCCUUCGUCACUCUGCUGGAGACCAACCGGCCGUAUCUGUCCAACUGCGUGCGGGUUCCCGCUCUGCAAGCUUUGCUGCUGGUUGCAAACUCUGUGGACAGUAACGCUGACUGUACGCGUCUGGUGGUGGACGGCUGGCUGGAGGUGGAGCUGAGGGAGGCAGAGGAGGCGCUGAAGGUGCUGUCCACAGCUCUUACUCACAGGGCUGAGUGGGAGCGCCUCCUGCAGGUCAAGCUGGAGCAGAACUCGGUAGAGGGAGCACUAGGCCAGGGGGUGUCCCGCAGAGUCCUGGAGAAGCUGAGCGAAGGCCUGGUCCGCUUCCUGCUCUACACGGAGGUCACUUACAGCCUACGGCGACUCGCAGCUUUCCAGAUCCAGAACCUGUACGUCGGCCCUCAGCCUGAGUCCGAGUUGUCUCAUGGCAAAGCUCCGGGUCAAAAACCGCUGUUCCCAGGAGCCGAGGCCAAGCCGCACCCGAUUAAAGGAGGCCUGCGUGUCUCCAGCUUCUUCACCUACAACUGUCUGGCUGACUCUCGGGAUCUCUACAGCGAGUGUUUACGGACUUUCUGGACUUGUCCUAACUGUGACCUCUACAUGCCUCUGACUCCACUGGAACGCAUGCAGCACGAGGCCUCCUGCAGGCCGCCAGGAGAACAGCAGCAGCAGGAGGAGGAACCAGAAGAUAAGAAACCAGGUCCUUCGUCGAUGUCCAGUCUCAAUCGAGUUUACCACUGUGACGUGUGUGAUGAAGACUUGACCCUCACCUCCACUGAGAUCCUCAAACACAAACGCCAGCACAUGUACUCCACCAAGUAGCAGGCGACUAAAAUGAACCACAACAACUCAACACAACUCGUGUCUGUUCUGUUGAGGAUGGACUGAAUCUGUGUGGUCAUCACUUAUCAAUCAUGACACGUUUGACUUUCCUUCCUUUUGUACUUGUGAAACUUUAAAUUAAAGUGUUACUACUUCCC